GCUCGCGCGGCGGAGAGAGGCGCGCCCCCUCCCCCAGUUCAAAGGGAAGCAAUGAGACUGAAACUCCUGCGCCUUCAGACUACAUCUUUUCACUCUUUAACUACAAUACAUCGAUGCCAAAGAUUUAAUAAAACUGGACAUCAUCUUCUAAAGCUGGAUAAUGAUGUUGACAGAACGGAUCACAGAACAGCUAAAAAGAUUGGAAACUUGUAUGCUCCAAAGACUGCUUCCCCUUGUUUGACAAGGCCCUCUAUGCAAGUCAAGAAUUGGCAAAUGAUCCAAGGAAAUGUAUCUGCUUUGGGAAAAAGUGUUUAUUAUCAGGGUGGGGAGAUGUUUUUCCCACCCUGGAAACGUUUUGGCUUGGCAGCAAUGGAAAACUACACGCUCAAUGUGGAGUAUAUUAAAAAGCUCGGGAACAUAUCAUCAAGAUUUUACACAAUUGUAUCAACUAGUAAAAUUAUUCCAAAACCAAGUACCCAGCCAGUUAAGAGGCCACCAAAGGCACCAAGGACCAAGCAGCCCUCCAGAGCUAACCAGCCACUACUGUCAGACGACAUGAAGAAUCUGAUGCAGUGCACAGCCUUUGCAACAGCAGAUGAAUAUCAUCUUGGUAAUCUGUGUCAUGACCUGACUUCCCAUGGAUAUGUUGAAAUAACAAGUUUGCCCAGAGAUGCUGCGAAUGUUUUGGUGAUGGGUGCUGAGAAAUCUGCAAAAGAAGAUGAUCCUGGCAUGAUUUUUUUCUUCAGGGAAGGGGCUGUUGUGUUUUGGAAUGUGGAUGAGAAAAGUAUGAAGAAUAUAAUGCGAGUGCUGGAACAGCAUGAAAUUCAGCCAUAUGAAGUAGCAUUAGUCCACUGGGAAAACGAAGAGAUAAACUAUAGAAUAGGAGAAGGGCAAUCAAAGCUUCAUAAGGGAGAAAUCUUGUUAAAUUCUGAGCUGGAUACUGAUGAAGUAAUUCUGCAGAAAUUUGCCUUUUCAAAUGCCCUGUGUCUUUCUGUAAAACUGGCUAUUUGGGAAUCGUUAUUGGAUAACUUUGUGGAAUCUAUCCAAUCAAUUCCUGAGAUCCUAAAAUCAAGAAGGAAGAUAAAACUAUCUCACGCAGAUGUCAUGCAGAAAAUUGGAGAACUUUUUGCAUUAAGACAUCGCAUAAAUCUGAGUUCAGACCUGCUAAUAACACCUGACUUCUACUGGGAUAGAGAAAAACUGGAAGAGCUUUAUGACAAAACAUGCCAAUUUCUCAAUAUUAAUCGCAGAGUUAAGUUUAGGUUAACAACCAUGCCUCAACCACCUAGACUUAAAUGGAUUCUGUACUUCCUGAGCCACUAACUUAGGCUUUAAAUAGUUGUAAGAAGAGGAGCUUUAAUUCUUUUUCUGAAGUGUGUGCAAGAAAACAAGUUAAAAAAAAAAAAAAAUGUGAUGUGAAGCAGUCUUCUUACUGAUGACAUGAUCAUCCAGGUCAGUUCAUUGCAGGGCAAUGUAAUGCUUACUGCUCUACCAGAAUAAGCAUGAGAUACCUUUUCCAGUGGUACAGCAACCUUACAUGCUACUUUUGAGGCAUUUCCAUAAGCUGCAUGUCAUUUGCUUGCAUUGUUUUGUGACUAAAUGUCACCCAGUAGCUGUUUAAUACCUGCAUAUGCAUAUCUAAACUUGUAUUUGCUUUUUUACGACUGUUGAAAUAAGAGUUGUAUUAGAACUCCCAUUGCUUGUGCAUGUUACAAGACUUUGCAUUCUGCACUUUCACAGAAACGUUAACAGCUUUCUGCAGUGAGCCCCUUUAUGGAUUGUUUCCUUAGUGAUCUCAUACAACGUGUAGAAUCCAGCUUUGCCCUGUGUUUGAAAUCUGUUGCAGGUAAUGAAUGAAAAGCUUCAGCACUGCAUGGAGUUGACAGACCUAAUGCGAAAUCACCUGAAUGAAAAGCAUGCUCUGCGCCUCGAGUGGAUG